AUGGAUAUAGAAGAAGCGCAAAAAGAGCUCUUGGCAUUCGUGAAAAACGAGAUUAGCGAUUGUCUUGUUCCAAAGGAAAUCGCUCCGAAGUUGUUGACAUUUCUGAGACAGGAUGAUGUUAACAAAGUCAUGGCUACGGAUUCAAACAAAGAUGCAUCUCUGCACCUCAUAGAAGCGAUGCUGAAAACAACUAGUCACGGCGGCUGGUUUUUUGAAUUUAUCAUAGCACUGAGAGAAACAGGGCAAGAAAAUGUGCUCAAUAUUCUCGAAAAACCAUUUGAUCCAGAACGAUCCUUGGCAAAUACGAUCCUGACACGAAAUCUGCAACUCUGGCUCGGCACUCUUAAAGAAAAAAUUCAAGUCGACAGCAGCCUUUUCAUGGCGUCAUUAAGAUCAGAUGGCGUAAUUUCGAUGGAAGACGAGGAGAACAUUAGAGCUGGGCGUGAAAGAUAUGGCCCGUCUCAUGCAGCAUGGGUCCUGUUGGAAAGGCUACACAAAAAGAAAGAAACCUGGUUUAUGUGCUUUCUCAAAGCAUUGGAUGAAAAUGGAGAUAAGUCACUGGUACGAGAUCUGUAUCCAGAUUAUUACAAGCAGCAACUAGAAAAUGACUAUGCCCCUCCCAAGAUUGCUUCAAAACUUGCAAUUGUCGAUGUUUCCGAGAAAUCCCCGAUUGCAACUAACACCCCUAUUGCCAAGAGACUGAAUAGCAAGGAAAACCUGGACAAUUCUCCACACGACACGCAAAGUCGACGUCAAGAUAACAUUCCCUCCACCAGUGGCGAAGAAGGUGAUAAAGAUGAAAAACACGAAAAUGAAAGAAGUGAGAAGGAAAUUGAAGAUGGAAAACAAGAACUACGCGAGUAUCAGAGAGAGCUUGCUGGCGACGCAUUAAGAGGCAACAAUGUGGUCGUGUGUGCUCCUACUGGCUGUGGUAAGACAAGGGUAUCCAUGCAUGUUGUGAAGAAUCACCUUAAGGAUACCGAGACAGGGACUUCGGCUUGUGCGGCACCAAGUGGACGGAGGGCGCGAAAAGUUGUUUUCAUGACGAAGACGGUUCCACUGGCACAACAACAAUAUGACAAUUUUAUAAGUUAUUUACCCGAUUACCAGACAUACAAGAUUUGUGGGGAUGACGAUGAAAGAGAGAUGUUGAACGAUUAUAUGCACCAAUACGAUAUCUUUGUUCUUACACCACAAAUCUUGGAGAACCAUUUAGAGAAGGAAAGUGUUAAAAUAAGCGACUUUUCCUUAUUCGUAUUUGACGAAUGUCACCACGCAACCAAGGAAGAUGUUUACAACAAAAUAAUGUAUCGCUACCGAAAGCUUAAACUACAAAAGGCAAAAGAUCUUCCCCAGAUUCUUGGUCUAACAGCAUCCCUGGGUGUUGGCAGAAGCAAAAACGACAAGGAAGCCCAAGAACAUAUCAAAGGCGUUCUGGCAAACCUUGAUUGUGCAGCGAUAGCAACUGUUGAGAAGAAUCUAGACGAACUGAAGAGAUUUGUCAGCUGUCCCGAGCAAGAAAUCUUUCCGGUUAACCUUCCAAAAGAGAACGAUCCUUUUGCCAAAGAUAUCAACACUAUCAUGAGAGGUAUAGAGGCCAAAAUGUUCAAAGAGCCAUUGGCUUGGUACGUUGAUGAUAUUCCGAAGAUACCGACGGAUCGAGCCAGCCAGACUUAUGAACAGUGGAUCGUAAAUCUGAAGAAAGUAAUGGCAGAGAAUACUGAUGAAAAUGAUGAAAAGUCUGUUCAAAUUGGCAGACUUGUAGAGAUUUGUACGACGUACUUAAGGGAAUACUACAGAGCAUUGGACAUACAUAAAACUGCCAGGAUCAAAGAUGCCCACAAAUAUCUUAUAAAAGCCAUGCGGGAGAUUAAAACUACAAUUGACAAGAACGAUAAUGAUGAAUACGAUUUACUCAAGCAGUACACCGAAGAAUAUUUACCAAAAUUCACUGAGUAUAGCAAAGAUUCAAGCUUCACGAAUCCCAAACUUGAACAGGUCAAAUCGAUUCUAUUGGGAGCAUUUCAAGAGAAAGGUGACAGCUCCAGAGGCAUUUUGUUCGUGAAGACAAGGGCGUCGACGAUAGCUCUUUAUGAUUGGAUAACAGAGGACGAGGACUUUGGGACAUUGGAUCCUCCUUUGAACCCUAGAAGAUUCACGGGAGCAGGAGCCAGAGAAGAGGAAGGAGGUCUCACACAAGCUGAUCAGGACGGGUAUAUUGAAGAGUUCAGAAAUGGAACAUGUAGAUUGCUUGUGGCAACGUCUGUCGCAGAGGAAGGUCUUGAUAUCCCAGAGUGCAACAUUGUUAUAAGAUAUGACUAUGUGACAAAUGAGAUAGCCAUGGUGCAGGCAAAAGGGCGAAACCGAGCCAAGGGUGGUACGACUUUCUUAGUUGGAGACACAAAGCAUACCAAGAAGGAAAGUCUAAAUUUGGUUCGAGAAGCAAUGAUGGGUCGCGCAAUCAAAGAAAUAAAAAAUAUUAAACGAGAAAGGUUAAAACGUGAAAUAGGAGAACUGCAAACGAAAGAUGUCAAAAUGCGUGAUUUGGAGCAGCUCCGCAUUCGAAGAACCAAGCGGCAAAAGAAACAAGGCGACUACAAAGUCAUUUGCGCAAAGUGCAAAGAAUUAGCGUUUUACAGCAGCGAUAUCCGCACUAUAAACGAAAAAUCGUAUGUUGUUGUAUCCAAAGAUAUACGGCAGAAAAUUGAAGAACGCCCGCAUAAAAGACAAGGCCAAGCCUGGGAUGGAAUACAGAAGAAAGCAAAGAUACACCACAAAGGACGUUGUGGAUUUGAUUGGGGCAUCAUGGCUACAUACAUGGGAAGUGAUUUGCCGAUGAUUAAGAUUGAGCAGUUCGUGGUUGUAUCUCCAAGUGGCGAAGAGCGAAAACGAUCAAGGAAAUGGAUAGACGUCCCGUUUCAAGUGCUCGAACUUGACAUCGAGAAAGAUUUCAUCCCCGAGAAUGAAAAUGACGAUGAAGUCGACGAGGAGCCUCCAAUAAAAGUGGAAGAGGAUUAGUUUAAAACACUAUAGGCUUAAUCUACUAAGAUUAACAUUAUCAAUAAUAUAAUCAAUAGGACAAAUCAAUGAAUUCUAUAUGCGUUUUGCUAGCUUGCUAGGGUAGUUGGGUCGAGUCAACUGAUAAGCACUUUACGCAGAACUUGAUACAAGAAUGGCACCAUUCUGUGGAAUCACAUGGCGCGUAGGACAAAAAGAAGAUUUCCUGUAAAAUGAGGCAAACAUAGCAGCCAUAAUCGAUGGUGUCGUUAUGAUUAGUCAGAAAAUUGUUGACAUUUUGGCGGAUGAACAGACUUCUAAUGACGUUGGCGAAUUUUAUGGCUUGUCACAUUUGCCAAAAAACAUUCUAUUUAUGCUUAAUCACCCUGAUAAUGCUAAGAAAAUAUUUUACACCUCUAGAAUUUUACGCAGCUGAUGAUCUUCACUUUUAAUGUUGAUUUGGAGCUAAUUAAAAUAGCCGUUCAGUUAAAACGAGACGUUGCAGAUUCGUUUUAUAGCUAUAACUAAACCCACAUACACAUGUCUUCAAUGCUUAUACAGUAUAUAUUGUGCCCAUACGUUAAUAUUUGGCCCAAAGGCCUGCAUGUAGUUGCUUGUAUAUGGACAUGGCCGCGUCUGUUAUAAAAUAAAUUAUUUAUUCAGAAGCUUUAUGACCAACCACUGGCCGUGCAUGGAACUAUGUUUCCCAAAUACAGAUAUCAGCUGCCGAAACUUGGUACGGAAUAUAAGCUGGGUACAGACUCAACUGUGACCUGCCCCCCCCCCCAAACCCCGUUCCAUCAGUCCAGAAGGCAUCAGUCUCAUGCAUGGCAGUGGAGAAUCAUACAGGCCUACUGAGUAGCAGCCUAUACAGUGCGUAUCAAAAAUAACGCAACAGAUUGUUAUCUUGGAAAAGCACAAAACCAGUGAUAACAGCAUUGAUUUCAUUCAAUGCACCAUAAAGCCUAGUUCAACAAGUUAAACCUAGUCUGGGCCUUAUUUCUUAUCUGAC